AUGGCGUUCGGACAGCUGUGUCUUCACUGCGUUCUCACUUGGACCCUCGCCGCCAUACUCUCGGAAGACAAAGUGAAUUCUUUGGAGCUGAGCUGCAGUAUAGGUCCUGUUCUUGCAGUACUCCAACCUAACCAAGCUGUGGUGUUGGAUUGCACCCUGGCGGCUGUUGAUCAGCCUGCUAACAUAACGUGGAAGAAAGAGGGCAUUCCGACUGUGGAUCAGGAGCAGCACUACAUGCUUCCCAAUGGAUCACUUUACAUUUCCCAAGUAGAAUGGGAUAUGAGGAAAGCAAAUGGGAGCAGUGAGGGGAGCUAUACCUGUAUGACCAAGAAUUCAUUUGGAGCCAUAACCAGUAGGACUGCAUUGGUCAAAUUCUCCACCUUGUUACAAUUUCAUCAGCAGCCAGAGUCACAAAUAGUAGCGGCGAAUGGAAUUGUUCGAUUUGAGUGUGGAAUUGAUGGGCUCCCACUCCCAGUUAUUACAUGGGAGAAGAACCAGUCAGCUAUUCCUGCUGACAUGAGGUUCAUUGUCCUCCCAAAUGGAAUUCUACAAAUUGUAGAUGUGCAAGAAAGUGAUGCUGGGGUAUAUCGCUGUGUAGCAGCAAAUGCAGUUGGGAAUCUCUACAGCCAGGAUGCUACUCUCACUAUGAUGGAAGGGGCUAAAUCUGUACCUUCAGAUGUGGUCAUCGUUGCACAGCCAAAGAAUGCAACUGUUGUAGCUGGACAGAUAGCCAUUAUGGAGUGCAUGGCGUAUGCUGAUCCGACACCCUUUGUUUCUUGGAUUCGGCAAGAUGGUAAACCUAUUGCUACAGAUGUCAUAGUGGUUGGAAGGACAAACCUUAUGAUCACUCGGGCGCAACGGUACCACAGUGGAGUAUACGUCUGCCGUGCCAACAAACCUCAGACACGGCAGUUUGCAACAGCUGCUGCUGAGCUACGAGUGUUGGCUCCACCUAUGAUCACGCAGUUUCCCGAGACAAUCUCCCGGAUUCGAGCUAGCACGGCCAGGUUUGUAUGUAAAGCUGAAGGUGAACCCACCCCUUUAAUUCACUGGCUAAAAAAUGGAGAAGGCAUCCAAUCCAAUGGACGUGUGAAAAUCCAAAACAGCGGCAGUUUAGUGAUCAAUCAGAUUGGACUACAAGAUGCUGCUUACUACCAGUGUAUUGCAGAGAACACUCUUGGAAUGGCAUGUGCUACAGCAAAGCUUUCCGUUACUGUUCGAGAGGGUUUGCCCAGUGCUCCUAAAAGUGUGACUGCUUUCCCUUUGUCCAGUACUGCGGUAUUACUGUCCUGGGAGCGUCCAGAGUACAACAGUGAGAAGAUUAUUGGGUUUUCCCUUCAUUAUCAAAAAGCAGUGGGUACAAACAAUGUUGAGUACCAGUUUGCAGUGAACAAUGAAACCACGGAACUUCAAGUAAAAGAUUUGCAACCAAACACCAAUUACACUUUCUACGUUGUGGCCUACUCCCAACUUGGUGCCAGCAGGACCUCAGAUUCUGUUGUAGUACAAACUGUGGAAGAUGUCCCAAGUACUGCUCCUCAGCUGUCUCUGUCAAUCACUGCCCUUACUGACAUUCAUGUAACAUGGCUUCCCCUUUCUCCAGAGCUGAGCCAUGGGAAAGUAACAAAGUACCGCAUUGAUUACUGUACAUUGAAAGCAGAUCAAGUUUAUUCAAUCGAAGUUGCUGGAAAUGAGACGCAAGUCACUCUUCCCCCUGUGCAAUCAAAGAAAAUUUACAAAGUACGGAUUACAGCGGGCACAACUGUGGGGUAUGGUGUACCAUCAGAAUGGACCCAGCACCUAACACCUGACAGAACUAAGCUAAUAAUGGUUCCAUUUGCUCCCACUGAAAUGAAGGUCAAGGCAAAAGUAGACUCUUUGCUGGUCACUUGGCAAGCACCCUCUAAUCCAGUCCAGAUCCAGGGUUACAAGCUUCACUACAGAGAAGCAGAUGUGGAAGAUUCAGAUAAAGAAGGGUUAAAUGACACUAAUGGAGAUGAACACUGGACAAAAGGACCUAUACGCCUUAGAAGAAAAGUAAAACAAUAUGAGAUUACAGGGUUAGUGUCUGACAAAUUAUAUGAAGUAAAAUUGAUUGCCUUCAACAAACAAGAUGAUGGCUAUGCAGUGGUAUGGAAAGGAAAAACUGAAAAAGCACCUGCCCUAACCAUAGAUCCCCCAGUAAUGCUGCCACCUCCAACCCAAUUACAAGCAAAAUCCAAUCACUCCCGAGCAAUCUGGUUACGCUGGACUCGACCUCCCUUUACCACAGCCUGGAUUAUGAAUUACACUGUGCGUUGCAGUCCUUGGGGAUUGAAAAAUGCUUCUCUGGUGACUUACUUCACAAGCUCUGAAGAAGAAAUUUUCAUCAGCAACUUGAAACCAUACACUAGAUAUGAGUUUGCAGUGCAGUCAAAUGGAAUUAGUAUUGAUGGACCAUUUAGUGGCAUUGUGGAGGAAUCUACUUUGCCUGAUAAACCUUCCACUCCUCCAUCAGACAUUAAAUUGAAUCCGAUUACCACAUACUCAGUAAGAGUUCAAUGGCAGCUUCCAACCGAGCCAAAUGGCAUCAUAGUUGAAUAUGUUAUUCUAUAUAACACAAACCGAACACAACCUGAUGAUUUGUGGAGUUCACUGUCUAAGGAAGGGCACAUCUUCAGCACCGAAGUGCUAGGACUGCAGAGUGGUACUCGCUACUUCGUUAAGAUGGGAGCAAAGACCAUUGUAGGAACCGGACCAUAUUCUGUGGCAAAAGACGUGCAGACCCUACCUGAGCGACCAUUAGGACUACAUGAUCUUCUGGAUGUACAUUCUGUGACUGGCAUCAUUGUGGGUGUUUGCCUAGGGUUGCUCUGUAUUCUCUUCUGCAUUUGUGCCAGUUUCUGCAACAAUAAGUGGAGAGAAAGCAAUUCAGGCCCCGAUUCCCACCUGACUACUGGUCAUUCUCACUACCGUAGGGCAAGAAAAGCGUCUCCUACUCCCAAUAUUUCACUUCCCCAUGCCCAUGAGCUUGAAACGCUAAUGUCCACUCCAACUGAAGAUGUCUCCUUGCCACUUGCUGAAAUAACUGAGCUUACUGAGGUGCAAACUCUCAUGAAUACCAACCUUCCAGAUGGUGAUGUUCAGGUGAAACCAAAGCCUGCUUGGAAUGGGUCAGUUCAUCACCAGUGGACAAAUAAUUCAAUUGGCUAUAACAAUGGAAUCAUCGCAGAUUCACCUUGCAUAAUGAAUGGAACAUUGAAGCUUAAAUCUGAAACCAGUAAAGAUCACCCUCAAGCAAACUUUGAUUUUGGCAGUACUAAGGCUGUGACAAAGAAGGAAAACACUUUGGGUUUAAAUCAAGUAGAAGCCGAAGUUAUUGUUCAUUCUGAAGCAUCAGAAAAAAACUCUACUUGUGAGGAUAAAGAUGAUCUUCAGAGUGAAUGUGUUACUACUUUAUCCACGGAGGAUCUUCAGAGUGAGGAUAUCCUCAGUUCACCUGGUGAGGAUUCAGAGAGUAAGGGGGAGCUCCCGAAUGAGUGCAUUACUGCUCUACCAGUGGAAGAUUUGAAAGAUCCUCAGAGCAAGUGUUUCCCACCAUUACAUGAUGAAGAGAGUCACCCUGCUGAUAUAUUUCAGAAUUCACUGUCCUCUAUUACUAAUGAAGUGACCAGUUGUAAUGAUACAGAAAGAUGCAAGGAAAUUACUGACCCACAGACUAACUCCCUGUCACCUAAGGGUAAUGAAAUGAAGACACCUGAAGCCCAUUGGCUUACCAAUGGCUUUCAAGGCAGCAAUGAUCAGCAAAGCUCACAUAGUGGGUUUGAUUCAGAAAGCAGAAACUUGCAAUUAUCAGAUGUAAACAGUGCAGGUAUUUUCUCUGCCAAGUGCCACCCUUUGUUAAUAGACAAUGAAGUUCCUGCCCAGCAUUUCAAUGCUUCUGAUGUCAGUACUACCUCAGCAUCUGAGAAAGACUUGUGUCCAUGAUCCACGUGAACACACUUAGAUUCUCAAAUACUGAGGUGAAGCUUGCAAUUACACACUCUGCGAGUGCCUGUUACUACGACUACCACAGAUCCCUUUACAGCUACUGGGUCACAUAUUGAGCCUGAGCCCUGUUACCAGGUUUCUGUGCCUAAUGUUUUAGGUGCAUGCUCCUCUGUGAUGGAACAGUGUCUUUAUUUUUGGGAGGGCUUAUUUAAUUUUAUAAAGUAAGACGGAUGUGAUUUAGAAUAGCGUUUAUAGUGCUGUACUUUCAUGUUUCUCCGAAACAACAGAACUACCUCAUACAUGUCUCUUUAAAAUAUUGAGUAGAGUUAGCUUUUAUGCUGCAUUAGUUUUGAAGCUUGUUUUACAGCUAUUUGUAUUUGGUAUAUUUGCACAGGUUUUGAAAUGACCUUUUUUCUGUUCCAUUUGAAAGAUGUAUAGUUGUAAACA